CCAGCUAGAGUUUUGCUGUGCCAAGGGGAAAGAUAGUUCUAGGUAUCUAACGAAGCAAACUUGAAGGAGAAGUGUUCGAGGCCAGCUAGAGAGCGCCAGGGUUGCAGAGAACAUCCAAUGAUUCACGAGCACAUGUGAGAAGAGUAGUUGAUUCAAGGGGAGAGAGCUGUGAAGCGCACCGCUAUGUUUGUCCGGUGAGAUGGCAGUCAUAUUGCAAUCCCUGCCGCAUGCAGGUGUGCUGAAACAGAAGUCGUUCACAUCAGGCCUGAGGGCCUCCCCCGCCUGUGGUGAUGCAUCGUUCAGAAGCCCUUUUCUGCAGCCGUCAGUUGCUGGCUUUACACAUACACGUUUCUUAGGCAGCUGGGGAUUGUACUCCAGCACCUUGGAGCAAGGAUGGGGGAUCAGUGGGGAAAGGAAGGGGAACAGCAGAAGUGCAGGGGUUGGACGGAAAGGAGUGUGCAUGGCUCGGAUUGAGCCAUCGUCCAAUGGUGUCCGCUGCAUACGACUCGCUCGUCCGACCCGCAAGAGAGCCGUGGUGUUUGCAACCAAGGUUCUGGAGAGGCAGCUUUCGGAUGGGGUUGCAUCCGACAGCGAGCAUUUGGAUGGGGUUGCAUCUGACAGCGAGCAGCUGAACGGUGGUGCAUCCAACAGCGAGCUUUUGAACGGCGUUGCAUCCAACAGCCAUGAGGUUCCGCUGGAGAGCCAGCACGGAGACGGGGUUGAUGAGAACAGAGAGGAUGCAAACGGGGUUGAAACAGAGAGCCAGGAGGCAAGUGGGGUUGAAGCAGAGAGCCAACAUGCGGAUGGGGGUGCGUUGGAGAGCCAGGACAUGGAUGGGGUUGCGUCUGAGGGCCAGCGGACGAACAGGAUUUCAGUGGCGAGCCAGCAACCCAGCGGAGUUGCUCGUUGCCGCCGCACCAACAGGAUUGCGACAGCGACCCAACAACGAUGCGACGAGUGCCAAAUCGUCAAGCCCCUGGUGGAUUUCCAGAUGGCGGGGAAGGGGCGCAGGACAACGUGCCGAGCGUGCGUUGCGUGCUCGUUCGCAAUGCGCUGCAGGAAGGCAACGUACCACAUGACGCUGUCUUCGGAGGAGGCGUGGGUGCAAGCAAAGCAAUGUGUCGACUGUGGGGCCGUCAAAGAGCUGCGCGAUUUUGCGGUGAGUCGGGACAGGUCGCAGGGGCCGCAACCCCGGUGCCGCGCGUGCAACUACGCGAUCGAGAACAACAACAUCGUCGAGGCUGCGGCCGCGCUUCGUGAGUACUUGGAGGCCAAGCAGCGGUUGAACGUCUGGCGGCGGCAGUGCAAAGACCUCGAGGCGACGCUCGACAAGGCCGUCACGGCCAAGAUGGAGCUGGAGGAGAGGUUUGAGUACCUGUCGACUGCGGUGGAGACAGUGCAACAGGACCAUCGGAGUAUGCGCAGCCACCAAGCCGAGCUUGAGGAAGAGGUCUUGAGCGUCCAGACUGAACACACGGCGCUGGAGCGCGAACGGGCAGAGCAGGCUAAGAUGCUUGCGGAGAAGGAACGGGAGCGGUUGAAGUUGGAGGAGGAAGUGAUCAGAUCGCAAGAAGAGGUGGCCACUCUGCUAAAGCAGCUGGCAGAUGCACAGGCGGCGCAGGCGCUCGAAGAAGAGAACGUAGAAUCUGCCGCGGAGGUCGUCGGCGAGGAGUCAUCAGCGGGCGAGGAAUCGUCGGUCAGGGAGGAAUCGUUGGUUAGCGAGAAAUCGUGGGGCAGCUGGGAUGCAACAAUUGGCGAGAAUUCAUCGGCCAGCGAGGAUCUGCCGGCUGAAGAGAAUCUGCUGGUCAGUGCGGAAUCUUCGGUUGACGAGCAGGAGAUGGCUAGCGAGGAUGAGACGGCUAGCGAGGAUGAGACGGCUAGCGAGGACGAGACGCUUAGCGAGGAUGAGACGCUUAGCGACGACGAGGCGGUUAGCGAGGACGAGGCGGUUAGCGAGGACGAGGCGGUUAACGAGACGGUUAGCGGGGACUCGGCGGUUAGCGAGGACCCCUCGGUGGGCGACGAGCUUGCUGAGAUGGCUAGCUCGGCGGCUGCUAGAAAGCGUGACGAGGACGACGUGGGGUACUUGUCCGGCCCCGACGUUCCCGAACAUGUCGCAAAGGCGAUCGACGAGGUCAUGGAGGUCGAGUACAAGAACUACCGGUCCGCCUCCCGCUUCCUGGCCGGCGCCUCCGUGCUCCUCUCGUCCGUUCUCGGAGUGUACGUUCUCCGGGGUACGAAUUUCACCGUGCCUGAGUUCCGUCUCCCGGACAGCGUUCCGGUGCCUGCGCCGCGCCCCACGCUUGCAAAUGCUUCGGAAAGCAUCGAAGCCGCGGUCGCGCGGAAGAAACUCUCGGCGCCGAGCGAGCCGAGUCCUGUGAAGGAGGAGGCGAAAGCGGCCAAACCGGCCGCCCCUGCGCCUGUGGCUGCGCCCGCGCCCGCGCCGCGGCCCCCGAGUAUUUCUGCGGAAAGCAUCGAAGCCGCGGCUGCCCGGAGGACAGCAGUUCCGGGAGAAAGCAUCGAGGCGGCUGCCGCUCGGCGGGCGCUCUCGGCGCCGAGCGGGCCCAGUGCCUUGGAGGAGGAGGCAAAUUUGGGCAAAGCGGGGGGGCCCAUGGACAGUGGGGGCGGCAUGUUUGACGCGACUCCGAGUCGGGACUCAGGGCGGAGCAGCCUGCUUUUGCUGCCUGAUCCGGAUGAACCGCCGCCGGACUGCUCCGUCACCAUGUGUUAGAAAGUGGAUGGGAAGGGGAGGUGACCUUGGACUUGGCGUUGUUGGAAGGGGGAGAAGACGGGCGUGGAGUAGAAAGUGUACUUUUUCGGGGGCGUUUGUGCUACCAGGAUUGAGCGUUUUGCGAGGGUCGAGAGUCCGAGGGCUUUCAGGUCCAGAGCCGUCAACCCAGGGUUUUCGGGCUAGUAGCAUCUUAGGUGGCAUUGAUACACCGACUGCACCAUUUCAAGCUGUUGACUUGCUUACUGCGUGCAGUAGCCAGUUUGACUGUAUAUUACGAUGGUGACUGAAACUGAUUACGUGUGAUCUGUUAGGGCUCAUGCAUCUAGCGUGUUGAGAAGGUAGCAUCGUUAUGCAUUUCAGAUCCGGUCGAUCAGAGAUGUCCACCUACCGGAGACCUUCCUUACACAAGAUAAGACACGCUUAGACUAGUUUCGCUUUCUACACAUUGAUGUCAAAUUCAAUUGUCACUUUUGCUUUGACAUCAGUCCAGUUUGUUGGUGUUGCUCUGACAUGUAAGCGUAAAAGCAAGUGCCCACUUGAGUUUGUAGACAAGGAGAGUCCGGGUUUGCAUGAUUGCGUUGGUGAUCCGCUUUUCAUAAAACC